AUGUCACCACAGACCUACGAGACCCAGCGCGCCUGGAAAAACGUCCAAGAGUUCCUCCCGCAACGUCUCCAUUUCAGUAAAGAACACCAGCCGGUUGAAGAGUGGUGGGAGAAUCGAGGGCAUAUAAUUCACCUUGAUCGAUGGAAGAACCCAGGGGCUAAGAUUCGACUCAUCCUGCAUCAUGGUGUCGGCACAAAUGGAAGACAAAUGUCUAUGAUUCUAGGUGUCCCCUUACAUCAGGCCGGCUUCGAGCUUGUCGCUGUCGAUAUGCCUGGAUACGGGCGCACACAGGUUGCGAAGGGCGUUGUAUACUCAUAUGACGACUGGGUCAGUAUCGCCAACGACUUUGUCAACUUCGAGCUCGAGCAUGAUAAGCGCCCCAUCGUGCUUUAUGGCCUUUCUGCAGGCGGCAUGUUGACUUAUCACACGGCGGCGGUCAACAAGAGAGUUAGUGGCAUCAUUGGCAUGACCUUCCUUGACCAACGAAUUCAGCAAGUCGCCGACGAAACAGCGCGAAACAUGUUCAUGGCCCGCGUCGGCCUCCCCAUGACACGUUUAUGCAACAAUCCACUUACCAAGAAGAUUUCUGUCCCUAUGUGGCUGGCGAGUAAGAUGUCGGCGUUGGCCAAUGACCCUAAAGCCCUAGCCAUCAUGCUGGCGGAUCCGUCGUCGGCUGGCUCGUGGAAGUCGAUGCGGUUUUUAGCGACAUACUCGUCAUAUAAGCCUGCGAUUGAGCCGGAGGAUUUCAACAUCUGUCCAGUUCUGUUGACGCAGCCAGCCGAAGAUGUUUGGACACCACUCCAUCUGAGCGAAGCCUUUCUGCCCAAGAUCAAGAAAGUACCUGUCAAGACUGUGAUGUUGGAAAAUGCUGGCCAUUACCCUCUGGAAGACCCCGGGUUGCAGCAGCUGGCUGAUGCUAUCAUUCAGUUUUUGACGGAGUUGUCGCCAAAAUAG